AUGAUUACUUGUAUAACUGAUUUACCUGUGGAAUUGCUCCAUGGAAUUUUUGAUUAUUUAUCUGCAUAUGAUAUUUGUCAUGGAUUUCGUGAUCUUAAUGAUUAUCUUGAUCAGGUUCUUGAAAAUUACUCAAAUUUUAAACUUGAUUUUCAAUCAAUUGAGAAGUCUUGUUUCGAUCUGAUCUGCCAGCAUGUUCAACCAAUUUGUAUUAAAGUAUUACGUCUCAGUGAUGAUCGAAAUGAAACACCAGAUCAAUCGGAACUCUUCUUGUCUCGAAUUAAUGUUAAACAAAUGACAAAUUUACAAACACUUUCAUUAGCACAAAUAGAAGAUAUUCCUUUCACUACUAGUAUUCCAUUGAUAUUUUUCUUAGAUUUUGCUUUUGGUGAAUGGAUUUUAAAUAGUGACACUGGUAAACGAGAACGCCAAGUAACAUAUAAAACAAUUAAUCAAUCUGCUCUUGGUACUCAUACGAUCUUCUGUCGAGAAAAACAAACAUUAGAAGUAGAAAAACCACAUUUAAUGUAUAUUAUAAAUACAGAAAUAUACAAUGAAGGAAUGAAAUAUACAGAUGCAUUUUAUGUUGCAACACGGUUCUGUUUGGUACAAUAUGAUGCUCAACAUAGUUCAUUACGAGUUACUGCUGAAACACGAUACAUUAAAAAUGUCAAUGGUUUUAUUAAAACAUUUAUUGAAAAGAAUGUAAACUCCUCUGUAGAAGGAGGAGUUAAUGAACAAGUUCGAAGACUUAAAAAUCAUCAAAUGACAAACAUGGAUAAAAACUCUAAGCAAAAAUUAAUAUCAUUAUCUCAAACAGAUCAAAAAAAAUCAAUUGAUAAUAUUAUAUCUCAAAAACAAAUCAAUGAAAAUUUACCAUUGAGUUUAUCUCGAUUUAAAUUGACAAUUAAUGGUGAAAGUAGAGUAUAUAGUAUUGGUCUAAUUAUUAUUGUUUGUUUUCUACUUGUUCAUAUUUAUCUAUGGUAUAAAUUAAAUUCUAUUGAGAAAGUUUUAUUACCACCUGACUCGAUAUGUUUGAAUCGAUGA